AUGCUCGUCAAUGGCAAAACACAAUCAGAUCUGGAUUCCGAACUGAUACAAUUGAUUGGAAACGAUUACGAUUCUGCUUUGUCAGCCUGGGUCUUUUCGGAAUUAGACAGACGAUCGUCUGCAGAGAAAACGGACUUUGAUGUAGAGGAAGUUGUCAUGGACGAGGACGACACGAAUAGGCAACAGAGCAAGCCAUUUCAAACCAGAAUGUUCCUACAGGCACUCCGCCGUGCAAAGUCUGAUCAACAAGACAGUUUCCCUGAAACAAGGCGAUCAUCGCGUCGAUCAGCUUCACCUCAGCGACGACCAAAUCGAGCAACAGAUAGGUCUCGUUCGAGAUCACCAAACCGAGAGCGACCUGCAAGACGACAAGAUGACCGCCGUGGUGACCGCCGUAAUGACCGAAGAGCGGAUGUAUUCUCACGACUAGGAAAUAACGGAAGAGUUGGCGAGCGGUCGGUGAUGAUAUUAGAUGAUAAGCCGUCUGUGUUUGAUCGACUCGGUUCACAUAGAGAGGUCGAAGAGCAUAAAGAGAAAAAGGAACGAGUUAGAUGUACCUUCUGGCCUAAUUGCAAGAAAGGAGAUGAAUGUCCAUUCUGGCACCCACGGACCCUUUGUCGUGACUUCCCUAAUUGUGCCAAGGCAGCUAAUGAAUGUCUUUAUAUACAUCCCGAAAUAGCCAAAUCCGAAGAUGCCAAACCAAAUUGCCGAUAUUGGCCAAAUUGUACCAACCCUCGUUGUCCUUACCCACACCCGCUGGGAAAUGCAAAAGCCAACAAGCGAAACCCCACUCCGUGCCGAGAUGGCGAUGGCUGCACCCGACCAGGAUGCCAUUUCACCCACCCUCGUGAUAACCUUAGCGCUUCGAUUACUUUAUGUCGGUUUGGACCCAACUGCCAGAGGUAUCCCGAUUGUCCGUUCGAGCACCCCAUACCACCUACUCAACACCGUAAUAAGCAAUUAGUAUUAAAUAAGCCCCAUGUUAGCGAAAGAGGAUUCUCUGUAGCUGACGAUGAAGUUGUAGAGCGUAUUCCUGUUAGCGAGACUGCAAACACCGCCGCCUGA